AUGACGCCUCCCCCCGCCCAUACAAAUCCAAACACUCUCCAAUCCCUAAUGAAACCAAAAUGGGUUGAUGAAAUAUUUGACAAACUAUUGCAGAUUGAUAAAAAGUUAGCCAAGGUUGAUGACAUACAUAGAAAAAUCUCGGGAAUUACGCAACGGUUAAAUACCUUUAAAUCGGACAUCAACAAUCUAAAGAAAAUAACAGGUAACAUGGGGAACACCAUGGGGACUUUGAAAAAGAACACUGAGGAAAUGGAAAAAGAAGUAGAACAAAUGAAACAGUCCCAGAAAAAUAUUGAGGAUUCUAUCACGGAUCUCAAGUGCCGAAGCAUGGAAAAUAACCUACCAUUCUAUGGGCUAGCUGAGUAUAAUGGAAAUAGGAGGGAGAAUUGUGCGAGACUGAUAAACGAUUUCUGUGAGACAGAAUUGGAAACUCAAAAUGUCAGACAACAGAUAGAAAGAGCGCACAGGAUUGGACAGCUUAACCGAGAAAAUACAAACCCGAGACCUAUCGUGGUUAAGUUUUCCACAUUCAGGGAGAGGGAAAGGAUAAGGAAAAAAGCUACAAAGCUGUCAUCCACACCAUACAGGAUCCAGGAACAGUAUCCGAAAGAAAUAUAUGAGCAGCGAAAGCAGCUAUAUCCAAAACUGAAUGAAGCUAGGUUACGGGACAAGACAGCAAGACUCAUCAAAAACAAACUGAUCAUUAACGGAGCAGAGUAUGACCCGUUGGAACCCCAAGACAAUCAAGAAGACGACGAAGACUGGGAAACAGUACAGCACAGAUAG